AGAUGGCGGCCACUGAAAGGCAGUGGUAUGUUGGAGAGGAUGGCUGUAUAUCCGUUGGUGAACCAGCCAACGACGUCACAUACCAUUCUGCAUUGAAUUCCAUCAUCGUAUCAACUAAGGAACCAUCCGUAAAGAUUUAUGAUGUGGCCUCUGGUGCCAUCUUACAAAAAUCAAGCCUUUCCGCACAAAGCAAAGAUGCAAUUAAGUGUGUGUAUAUAUCUGGAAGGGACAGAAUAGUGUUUUGUGAUCAAAAUGCUGUGGGAGUGCGGAGUGACCUGAGGGGAAUGAUACUAUUGGACACUGCACUUCAGCCACCUGUGUCAAAGACGGAAGACUUGGUCAGGGUGGAGAUCCCACUAGUAGAGGCUAUCCAGCUGCUGAAGUCAUUAGUCAGUGCAGAGCUUCCUGGAGUUGAUCAUGUAGAUGAUGUAGUUAAGGAGCUGGAAAAGCGAAUAGAAGUUGUGCAGGAAUCCACAAAAGGAAAUCUCAAAACAUCCAAGUGGGCGACGGUUUGCGCAGAGCUUCCCCAUGCCAUCCUAAAGAGUGUAUGUUCUAGUCUUGUAUCAGAGAUGAGGAGACUGAUGGUGUACAAUCCCGGUUUAUCAGUGGCCUCAGCUAUAAGUGACAGACUGACAUACCUCUUGCCCAGUCCACAGCAAUUGGAGGGCACCAGUGCACCAUGUGAAAGAGCUAUGAUGUACAGUGAGGCAGCGCGACAAGAAACAUUCAAAAAGUGGCCUCAUAUGAACUACAAAUGGGCAUUACCCGAUCCUAUGUCCCAGGCAGGCUUUUAUCACCAACCUAAUUCUAUUGGAGAUGACAGAGCUAUGUGUUUUACUUGCAAUGUUUGCCUGGUGUGUUGGGAACCCACAGAUGAACCCUGGUCUGAACAUGAAAGACAUUCACCUGCUUGUCCAUUUGUAAAAGGAGAAUACACACAGAAUGUACCUCUAAGUGUUACCUAUGCAAGUCAGCCAGCAAGGAAACAUGGGGACAGUAAUGAAAAGAUUGAAUGUCUAAGUACAACCAAUACAGAUGAUUUUGUGGCAACAUCAACCCUGAAUGGAAACAUCGUAGUGUGGAACAUCUCAAAGAUAUCUAAGAAACACUGCCAGUUUAAUUUGGACCCUACAGCCACUGUAAUUGCUAUGAAGACUGGUCUACAGAUAGACCGCCCGAGUAUGAGAGAGAUCCAUACUCAGACGACAGAUUUGGAGUCCUCAGAAGGAGCAGAGCAGUGUGAUAGUGUUACAAAUGGUAAUGGUGGCAGUGAAGACAAACCAGAAUUUUUAUCAACUAAUGGCAUUGAUGUAAAACAAGAUGAUGAUAAAGUCAAAGAUCAGGAGUCUUUGUACGAGAUACCUCUACAUAGCAAACCUGAUAAAUCAGAAGCAAGUACACGGUCGCGGCCUUGUGAAGAUGUGCGAGUGAAAUCCUUAUGUGUCCUUAGGAAACCCAAUCCAGAAAAGUGGACUUCAUCAAAACAAAGCUGCAGUGGAAACAGUGGUACAAAAUCCAAAAGGAAAUCCAGAUCUUAUCCUCAGCCUACAGUGGUGUGUGGUGCUUCCCUCAGGAGAACUAAUCUCACACUUUCUAACAAAGAGGUUCAAAACACUGAUAUCACCACAGAAGUUCAACUCAUGAAUGAGGUGAAUGAAGUGGUGAGCUGUGAUUCUAAUCCAAGGAUUAUUGAAGAUGAAGAUGAGGAGGAUGAAGAUGAAGGAUGUCAGGAUGAGUUGUUGAAUUCUACUGAAUUUGUGCCACAUAUACUUUUGUUAGCUGUUAAAGAUGACAGUAGAAAAAGUAGUAAACACAAAGAAAAGGAAAGCAAAAAAACUUCUUCUUCCUUAUCGACCAGUGUGUUGAGUUAUGUUAAUGUGCCAGUUCUAGGGUCGGGGGACAGUGUAACUGUUAGCAGUAAUUGGGCACAGAUGGACCCUAUGUUUGAUCCUGAUCCAGACCCAGAUGUUCAGAUAACUGGGAUCACCCCUGGACCCAGUACCAACUUCACUGGUACCAUCAAUGUGUCCACUAGUGACAGUUCACCCAUCGUUGUCAAAGAACAAAAUGGUCCGACUGAUUCUGAGCCAGGAAAAUCUGACAUUACAAGAAAGGCAGAAGAUGUAAGAAUAAAAAAUACUCCAGUGACAUUAAAGUUACGAGCUGGAGCUGUUUUACAGUGUGUAGAUCUCCCAGAGAAUCUGCGCUCUGAUAAUUUUGAAAUUUCUCAUAUUAUUCCUACGCUAGAUGGACAGCAUUUGGUGGUGGUUGUGAAGCCUAGAACCAGGCGUUGGAAUGUGGCUACCUCCGCGGAGAACAACGCUGUGAUAUCCAACUCUGUAACAAACAACUGUGAUGAAACUCAGACUGCUUCUGAGGAUCUCAGCUCACCUAGCUCUGUUUCUGAUAUGGAUAUAGACUUACAGAAGGAUGGUGAGGGAGAAGGGGACUGUCAGGGUGGCUGUAUACUGGUUUACAGCUUCACCUAUGGUAAUGAGUAUGCUGUAUUGGAUGAGUCACCGGUAGUAAUCCGUUGUAUUGACAGACUUAAUCAGGGUGUGAAAAAUGUUCUGGUGCUUCCACACGAUGUGUGUGACUUGCAAGAGGAUGAUGAUGACUUUGCAUUGUAUGGGCAAGGGGGUCAAGUGCCAAAUUCAGUCUCUAAUAGGUCAUCUGCUGACAUCCAUGGUCAGAUAGCAGUAACUCUAGUCAGUGGUAAAGUGUGGCUUCUCAACCUUUGUGAUCUUAGUACAGUGGCCGAGGUCUCCCCUCCAAGUGGGGACAUGUUUGUUUCCUCAACAUACUGUACAGGCAUUGAGCGACUGUGCAUCUGUACAGCACAAGGGAAGCUUCAUUUCUACCAGCUCUGUGAUCACGGUCCACCCCAAACAAAGCCUCAGCCCUUAGACUCCCCUGAUGGACUGUGUAAUGGAGAGUUUGCUGCUGAAUUUGACAGUAGUCAGGGUAAACCAGAACUUGAAAGUAAAGAGUCGACAGAGAAGUCUACUCCUGGAUCAGACUUGCUUGCCAAGCAGCCUGUUACUGUGGACAAUCUGAUGACCCUCCAUAACUUAAUACAGUUUGAGAAUCUGAUGCCCCGGUUUACUGCUACUGUACCUGCUUGCUGGACAGAGAUUCAGCAGGAACAGCAACAGAGACGCCACCCUCAGCACCUACAACACCAAGGAGAAGCUACUCAGCACACAAGGACAUGGAAACUCCAACAAGAUUGUAAUACUUGGGAGGAACACAUGUUGGAGAUAGUCCUGCCCCGGCCUUGUUGUGUUGGACAUGUGGAUGUCAAGUUCACAUUACAGCCUCAGUGUAGUACCCCGCCAGACAUACAGGUUACGCUGCUUAAACAAAACAUCACCAGCCUUGGUCGUCAGCCCACUGUGCCAUCAAGUCCAAGUAGUGUGGAUGUGGAUAGGGGAAUAGACUUUGGUAUGUCCAGAGCUGGCAGUAGUUCCGAGUCACAGGAAAAUGUCUGUAAACCGACAGAAAGCUCCAGCAAUAAUGUUCUAGAUCCUCUGUUCCAGGAAAGUCAUAACGCUGAAAUCCUAUGUGGUCCUAUCAAUCUUUCCACUUGCUUAGACCUGUCUGGUAACAGUGGUAUUAUCACACUCACUAGUCCACAGCUGAUGAGCUCAAAGCCAAAAGCUUUUCUCCUACACUUCAGAGGUUUUGCUCAGAACAAAAAUUCAGACGACAAAACAAAUGAUAAACCAAAGGAUUCCAAAAAGAAAUCUGCACCAGCUACUAGUACAGCACAAAAGAUGAAGGUAAUGAAGACUGCAUUUGACAAUGACCUGUUUGUACCACUAAAGGAGACAGUGAUCUCGGCUCUCCCCAGGCCCAAGUUACCAGAGAACCUACAAGGCUGUGACUGGAUACAAGAACUAUCUAUCACUAUCCGAAAGUCUAAGAAGUUGGCACUUCCUAAAGAAAGAUUACAGAGAAUCUCAAUGAUAGAAAGUACAGAGUUUCAUGAGAAAUUAUUAUCAGCAGUGGGGUCAGAGGAUGAAUUUACGUUUGGUGGGGUUAGUAAACAACAGUGGCAGGAUAUGAUUCUGGACAUUCUCAUGUGGGUCACAGCCAUACAGAACAAGGAUCCGGAGAAAAAAACUUUCCAGAAGUCAUUGCCACAGACCAUUCAGAGUAAACUUGGAUCAUUGAUCAAAGCUUGUUUCGUGUAUGGGUCACGCACCACAGCUCACAAAUGUUCAAGACUAUUGGCUAUGUGCAUGGAUCACAACAAGCAUUCGUCUGGCUCUGACUUAACCCCAACCUUCAGUUGGAGUUUACUGCAAGCUUUGCUGGAGAGUCUAAAGCUUCUACCAUCAGCUCAUUCAGCUGGAGCCGUCAAGUGGUUUUUCAGCAUGCUCAAUCGUGUUAAAUGUGUUGAUCAGGCAACCGUAGCCCAGCACUGUGCUGAGCUGAUGAUGUUCACUGCUAAACAUUACUACGACAGGCUAUUACCUCUGCAUUCACUUCUAAAGUCAAGGUUUGGUUUAUAUGGUCAGCCCUUUGAUCCUGAUCUGUUUGACACAGAUCUGCCCAUGGCUCUCAAACAGACAAUUCCAGUCACACCCAACUAUGCAGCAACCGCUGCUGGGUCGACUGUAGGAAACAACAAUAACAAUUCAGUUAUCCCAACACUGGUGGCUGAUGAAAUGGACUUUUACGACUUGUUCAAUCCCCCAUCAGAAAAGUCUUCAAAGGCCCAACUGGAAUAUGCAAGGAGCAGCAUAUUUGGACUGUUGGAAGUAGAACCUCUUCAUUUCUUUUGCCAUUCCACAAGUGAUGGUACAAAGAUGGAGAGACUGGAUACAAGUGCCACCGGUCACUCUGCUUCUCUUAACACAUCAGGACUGUCUGGUACCAUCAAUUUUGGUGAGGCACUGCCCUCACAACCACCUACAGCCAGUGCAUCAACACUUGCAUCUAUGUCAUCCAACAUGACGAAACAACUAAUGCAGGAAAACAGUCAGAAAAGCCACACAUUUAAGCACAAGACCACCUUCAAACACAAGAUCGAUCACAUCAAAGACGCCAUCAAGAUCCUGUCAGAGGUGAACAAAACCAUUUCUGAUGACCUCACUACGAAAACUGUCACCUCUGAUCAGCCUCCCACCCCCAAAACCACACCACAGGUGAUGACCCCUCCCAUGACACCACCUAAUGAGACUUGGCAGCAGAAUCAAGGCACCAAUGACAAGUCUGAUUCCUUAAAACAGCAGUAUACUCAGGCACAGAAGUCAUCUUUAGGGAUCCCCAACACACAGACCCUGCUCCAGCCUCCCCCUCUGCAGGUGCUUGUCAUUGAAAGAAUGCACUCUGGUGCUCGUCGAUUUGUGAUCCUGGACUUUGGUAAGCCAGUGGUACUAACAGACGUGGUGAUCCCAGCAUGUGCAGACCUUGCCUCACUGUCUAUUGAUGUGUGGGUACAGGGUGAAGAGGUAGACGGGCAGAGAUUUGUGGUGGCUGGAGACAUAGGCAGCAGAUCUCUCAUCAUGAAUGAUAUUAUGCCAGCACCGGUGUGCAGAUACCUGAAGAUAACUACCAUAGGUAGAUAUGGCAGUGGUGCUACAAGAACAAAAAUUCCAAUAGGUGCAUUUUAUGGGCACAGCUGUAUCUUACCAUGGGAGUGGAACAGUUACUUGGAACAGCAAAACUCUCAGGGCAGUAGUAUGUCAGGGAGUCAAACAGAAUUGCCAACCCAGCCCCAUUUAUUAGCCCAGCUAAGUGUGUACAUGUCAUUGUUGGAGGACAUUCAGUGCCGGUACAGUCUGGCUCGGACUAGGCUAGAGAACUUGUUGGCUGCUGUAAAUACCCAGCAGUAUGCUAGUGGUCAUAUACAGUACUAUUUGAAAAAACAGAAGAAGAAUGACUGUGAUAAUAAAAUUUUGCAGGCCUAUAAUGACUGCCUUCAACUUCAGCUUCAACAGAACUUGGCUCAAAGGGCCACAGACAGACUGCAUUAUGCUUUGGGGUUCAAAUGUCAUAGAGUGGAAACUUCAGGGACUCUGAACACACGACUGCGUCAGGCAUGCACAGACAAACUACGAUUUCUUCUAGAGCAAACAUUGGACACUUUGCUCAGUUUAACAACUGUGUCGCCGAGUAUUCCACAACCACCAGCCUCUUUGUUCAAAAUGUUGGACCCGAUGAACUCGGAAAUGUUGUUCAAGCAUUUGUGUGUUCAUGGGACAAAGAAGAUCCAGAUCAGUAUGGGGAUGCUGCUGAUGCGGGUGUGUGGCAGUCAGCAGUGGUGGGGCAACUUCUUAGGCAAUGCUCUACAGGAAUUCUUCCACUCAGAAAAUACACAAAUCUUCUCUCAAGACAGAGUGUUUGUGUUGCUGUUGGCCAUGGGACAGAAGGUACUGUCAGGUCCUAGUGCUGUUCACAUCAUGGAGAGUCUGUUAGACAUGCUGGCCCGUGUCCUCACUCCUCUCAUCAACAACCAGCAGACAAUGCAAUUUGGUCAAGCAGGGUUGAUAGAUCUAACACUAGUUGGGUGGAUACUGUUGUUCCUGUGCCGGAAUCUGGACCACACAUUUGUUGUAGGAUCAAAUGGAGAAGACCGUCAGAUCAAACGAGAAAAUGGCAACAGUUUACCAAAUAGAUGGAACUUCAUACAAGGAGACCAUAAUUUGAUUAACAAUAAAAGUAAAGUAAAAAGUUCCAAGGUGUAUCGUUGGUCCAUGCACAAGCGCCUCCUCCAUCAUAAGCAGAAGCUCAUGGACCUCCAACAAGCACAGAAAACAUUCUUUAACUCUGACAAAUCGUCAUCCAGUAGCAGUACCUCUCUUAUCAAACAGCAAGAGAAGCAGUUCCGGAAGGAGCUCUCCCAGUAUGCCUCUAAGUAUGUCAACAAAAUUUUCCAGAUGAGGUCCAAUGUGGAUGCCCUACGUAAAUUACCAAAGAUGGACGAGGUGGCAGGCUCCUGUAAGAGUAACGGAGAAUUUGAUCAUGAAGGUGUCCUGGUGUUGCCCAAGGACAAAACACUAAAGGUGGUCCGGGGGCUCAUGGCCCUUCUCCUCAGUAUGGACUUCACAUGUAAUGUUGACCUGUUUCUAGUCACUUGCAAGGUGCUUGCCACCAUAUGUGUGACAACACGACCAGCUAUCACGCUGUCUGAGGCAAUGGGACAGGAGCAGUUAGAGAAACUCAUACUGUUGGCAUCAAACAUGGAGUUCAGCCACAGCAACAUCAGCUGGGGAGGGCCGUGGGCAGGGCAUGCCAUCACAUGUCUGCUGCAGGACAUCCUUGAUGGAGAGAAGUUUUAUCCUCCCAACAACGACACCACUGAGUUGACAGAGGAAUGUAUCAGUAACAUCACAGAGACUGAUGACAGCUUGCCUAGUAGUGUUGGUCUGCCUACCAUGGAAGACAGUGAAUCAGGGGCAGACAACCAAGAUGCUGAUUCCUCUGAGAGCAAAGAUGAUUCAACAAAGAUGAACUUUGAUAAGGAAUCGUCCAUGAUGGUAGACCUGCUGUUGAAUGGAGAAGAGGAAUAUGAGGAAUCAGCUGCCAAGUUACAUGCAUAUGUGACAGGCCAUGCCAGUAAACCACAUCCUCCCCCUAUGUCUCCUUACGAAACACCAAUACCUACCACCAGUCUCAAUGGUGCCCUGGAAAUGAAUUCUUCUGGUGUGUUCUCAGCAGAGAUGGAGAAGGUAGAGAAAUUAAUGGUUCAGAAGCUAAUAGGUCAAAAUAAACAAAUGGCCGAGAUGACCAAAGGUGAAAAGACUCUGACUAAUACCGGCACCACUCUCCAACAGAUGCCUUCUCUACUGGGGUCUACAUUAUCAGGCUAUCCUGGUAAUCUGCGGUCUAGUGUGAUGGCAAUUGUCCAGGGCAUGUCAACAGCUAUGGACGCUAGGCUUGAGUUUGGUCUAGAAACACAUGCUGAAAUCAGACUCAAGACCAUGCUGUCAUUACACACGGAGAAUGUACAACAGGCCUUCUCUUCAGCUUUACCUGUGGCACCCUCUCCUGGCAUCAGCGUAGAACAACAAAGUACCCCCUCUGCCACUGAUGAUGACCUUUCAGAAAGUAGAGCAAAUGUACCAGAGAAUUCAUCAUCAGAGAUGUUGAGUCAGUGUUAUGCUCAUCUGUUUAAUAAUCUCAUACCACAACAUACAAAUCUGGAUGCCCUUCUACAGCUGUGGCUCACCUUGAAUGGGGAGGGUAGUUCAGAGGGAAACACUACUCAGUUGACCUUUGACCCCAGUCGAACUCCUCUGAUCCCCCUUAGUGCUACCUCUAUGGCUAACAUGCUUGCCCUGGUGAAUGCCACACCCAGUUUGCCAGUGUGUACAUGGGUACUUGUGUUCCAAUCACUCACAUUGUUGGCCAACCAGAAGACUCGUCUUCAUCCCUUGGGGCCAGAACAGUCUAUGGUAAUUCCCAUGAUGGCUGAACGAAACCUUAUGGCAGUCAUCACCAGAUUCUUGUCUGGCACCUCGGAGUAUGGACCCAUAGCAUCUUCAGCACAGUUUUCACAGGUUGGCCCUUCAGCAACCAAAAGCUUUUAUGAAUUUUUACUGAGGCUGUUGGUUAAAUGUUCAGCGGAUAACCUGAAGAAUCUAAAGGAGUUGAUGCUGACAUUAGUAUAUACUCUGUGUGCUGAGAGAGGUGCCUUCCACUCCGGCCUAGGACCACUUGAUGCACAGUGCAAGUUCCUGUCUUUCAUUCUUGACAUGUCCUAUGAGAACAUUGAGGUUGGCAAUGCUUUGAGUGUGAUUGAAUCUAUCAGUAGCCUUGUCCACCAGCACAUACUGUGUCAGGAGCGCAUCAGCUGUCGCAGUUCCUCGGAGAACAACAUCAAUGCCAGGUCAUGUUUUGGUGGGCUGUUUGCCAGUCUGUUGAGAGGAGUGGACUCCCGGUCAUCCCCUGGAGAUGCUUCCAGGGAUUCCUUAAUGUGUAGUUUACUGCGGCUCAUCAACAGUCUCAUACAAAUUCGAUAUGGACAACGGACAAGUCGAAUAUCAUCUGUGGUACUGGAUAACAGUACAGAGCCACAUACUCCCACCCUCAACCUGUCUGCUCUGGCCACCUCCACUCCUACAUCAGCUUUCAUGCUGUCCGAUGAGGAGAAGUGCCAACAAACUGAUGAACAAAAGACUGAAAAUCUACAUGCUCCUCCAGAGCCAAACAACACAUACGUGGCUGACAUUAUUUUGGGCCACAGACAGAUCAUGUGUAAUUUAAUGGAGGCACUGAGCUACUGCAACAGUAACACUAUGGCUAUGAUCCUGGCGAGUAGAGGUGUGUCUAGUCACAUGCAGGACACAUUUACUGGUAGUAAUCCUAUCUCUGUUGGAGAUGGCAUCUACCAGAUCCUGCGAACCCUGUCCUCACAUUGCUCUGACCAGAAACUGGUCCUGGAAUCUCUCUUCUAUUAUAUGUCUGGCUCCUACAUGGGGAUGACCUCGUCACCUUCACUCUGUAGACUGUCAGAACCCCUGCUGUGGUUCAUGCUUAAAGUCCUCGACAACUCACGUGCAAUUCAUAUAUUCUUGGACAUGGGUGGGGUGGAAGUUGUGUGUCGCAACUUGGUUAGCUGUAACUGUAGAAUCAUCAACACAUCACCCAGUCUCAUCUCCACAAUCAUGCAGAAUCUCAACGGCAGAACAAAGAUGAUGGAAAAGAAGGCUACAGGGGAAACGGACUCACCUGAUGGAUUACAGAACUUUGCUCCCUUAGGAUCCAUCAGUUCCAGUAGUCCCACAGCCAGUCCCGCAGACGUCCUUAUACAGGCCGCACAAACACAUCGCAGGGCACGGUCUGCAGCCUGGUCCUAUCACUUUUACCCAGAUGAGGCCUGGGUCGAUCUCACAGUACAACUACCUUUUGCUAUCUUACUGAAGGAGGUCCAGAUACAGCCUCACAAUGCCUCACUUACAACAUGUCCAGCCUUUGUAUCACUGGAAAUUAGCCAUGACGGAGUGACCACUACCCCACUUUGUCAGCCGCUGAUGACCAGCAGCCUGGCCUUCAUCAAGCUCCAGCUACAGCGACCAGAAGUGGCCACUUGUGUAACCAUUCGACUGCACAAAGCUCGUGAUUCAAUGACCAUUGGUUUAUCACAGAUCCAGCUUGUUGGCUACAGUGCCUUCGGGGACACAGGCAAUGCCCCGCAGAACAUUUUUAUGCCUACAGAGGAUUUUGUGUCCAGAUCUAGUGUGCGAUGGAUCCGCCUGCUUCACCAUUGUAUGACGGCCCACAAGGAAGUAGAGAAUCAAGUAGCUGCAGCAGCUGCCAGUACUCCAAACCUUCUCAACACAUGCUCAGCCCUCCUGGUAUCUCCCAUGUCUAAUGUGUAUGCCCCCAAUAUAGAAAAUGUGCUUCUCAACCUUGGACUACACUCUAUUUCCAUGGGCUUAGCUCUCAUCGACAACAUCCUACGGAGUCCCAUGGGUCAAGCUGAUGCCAACUCAGGAAUAACCACCCCCUACCUAGGUAAAGUGAGUGGGUUAGCCAACGACUCAACAGUGGAAUUGCUCUACCAGCUUAGCACAGUGCAAGACUCAGGAACAAAACACAGAGUGAAGGCGCUGCUGGACUGGUUGAGAGACAGUGCCAGAGUAAGCCUACAGAGAGCAUCCAUGUCCUCUACUGAAGGGUACACCCGAGGGUCAGCGCUGCCCAGCCCAGCCCCUUCACACAUUCAGUGUGUGGCGUCGGUCCUGUGGUACAGUCACGAGGCUCAAGUGGAGUACAACCUGUCUGAUCUCAUAACAGUCAAUCUAGUCAGUGCAUUGUAUGAAUGGUCAACAGUGCUGAAGUCGGACUCGGCAUUGAAGAAGUCUGUUAAUUAUGUACUGUGUUCGGUGUGUCACAUCAAUCCUGAGUACUUCUCCCAGCUGCUCACCUGGAUGGGUGUAAUUGUUAACGGUGAGAUCAGCAUGACAGCAUCGGUGUGUGACGACCGUAAGGAUGGAGGAUCACAUCUACAUCAAGAGUGUCUGACAGAUGACUCUAAGGAAGCUAACAGUAUACAGAGGCAGCAAAGUCAAGGGACAGACAGUCCUGUGGCAGACAUCCCCGUACCAGGGUUCCGUCAUAUCGUGUUAGAAGAGGCUCACCUAUCCACGCUAUCUCUGGCUUGUAAAUCGCCUGUGGCCAUCAAACAGCUGCUGGAUUCUGGAUUUCCAGCUGUACUGGCACAAGGAUUGUUUGAAUUCUGUAGUAAGGUGAUGUCACACCUCACUGAUGGAUUUGUGAAUUUAGAAGGACUUACAGACACUAGCAAAACAUUAAAUGAUGAUGCAUCUAGUUCAAAGGUCAAUGGGGACAGCGGCAAUGAUACAGACAAUAAUCUGUGGAUGACUGCAGACAUAGUAGCUGCAGUUCUCCAGUUUUUCUCAGAAGUGUCAUCAGAACCUCUGAUGAAGGACUGGUUAGGAGGAGUUGAGGGCAAUAUAUUCUGGCCAGCCAUCCUCACCAUGCUGUGCAAUACCCCAGUGCAGGCAACUGCCAUCAGGAAAAACUCAAACCAUCGCAUUGAGUUGAUGUCUCUGGACGACAGAACAUCUAUAGAGACCGCAGCUGUGCGAUUCUUCACUCAGGUGACGUCUUGUCACAUCGUAAACCAGCUUCUGUUUGCCAAGGUUCUGUGUGAGGUGAUCAAGGAGCAGAACUCCACCUCAAAAACUGGUCAAGUGUGCAGUAACUUUCCGUUGUCUGGGUUUACUCGCUGCCUUUUCCUACAAGCUCUACUUGAGGAUGAGAAAGUGUUGGUAGCGCUCCAGUUUAGUCAGCAACAGCAACAAGAUCAGCGUGUACAGCUCAACACAAAAAACAUUAAUCCCGUGGAGCAUCCCAAAUACUCUGGAGGUCGCAACUACCACACCAUGGUGGUUAGUCUACACACAACCUGUGCUGACCUCCUCCAGAAGGUGUCCGAUGCCCCGGGUUUGGCAGGGCAGUUUUUGGAAAAGGCAGCAGAGAAAUCAGAUGAGUCCAAGCGAGAGCUCAGUGGCACUUGUUCAACUGAAAUAGCAGAAUACAUCACGACUGUUGCAAAAGGUCAGGCUGCCAAGGAGAAGAGAGCCAAGGAUGACCGGCCAGAAUCUAGUAAGUCAAUUCUUCCCCCAAGGCCACCCACACGUCGGGGUCGACAUACAGCGGAUGCAGUCACAUCACAGCUCUUCUACCCAACUAUGUCUCUAUAUCACGCAAAACUACCUAAUAAAGCAUUGCCUGGUGAUCUGACACUCUCCCAGUUACUACAGAUUUUACACCAGAGAGGAGAACAGGAGGGACAUUCUGUUCUUCAGUUCAGUGUCAAAAUUGAGUCCAAGAAGAAAGAAACAACUGUUCAAGAUGCUCGUUGUAGUCCCACAGAUGACUGGACGGAGUCGGAUGAAGAUGUUAUCCCAGAUGAGACGCUGUUAUCAGUGUCUUCAUUCCCCACAGCACUACAAGUGUUUGCCAGUGUAGGGGGUCUUGCUCUGCUGGCAGAACACCUGCCACUUCUGUACCCCGAGAUCUCCCGACAUCCCCACACAGGACUUGCUGGCACCAGCUAUGGCAGCAAAACCAUGUCCAACUCAAGCGAGCUACAUGACUGGGUGACGGUGGAACCAUUUCCGGAGGAUUUCUACGAGCUGUAUGAGCCAGUGUCUCCUGCUCCGGCGGUGUCCAGGGCAACCAAUCCCUCAGUAGCCAUGCCAUCCAUUCCACCACAUUCCCUGGUUGCCUUUGGCUUGUUCCUCAGACUCCCAGGCUAUGCUGAGGUUUUACUGAAGGAGAGGAAGAAGGCCCAGUGCCUGCUACGACUGGUGCUUGGAGUUACUGAUGACGGAGAUGGAGGUCAUAUCCUGACGUCGGCCAUUGCUGGUUCCCUACCGACCUUGCCCUUCCUGGUGUUGAAGACACUCUAUGACAGCACUCCCUUGACAACUGACGAUGGAGUUCUGCUGAGGCGUAUGUCACUGGAGAUCUGGGUGAUUCACCUGAUUCUGGCCUGUUUGUCAGUCCUCAGUCACCACAUCCCAAGGACAUCUGUACCAGGUUUCCAACAGGAGGCGCAGAUGAUAUUGUCAGCCAUGCAGACUGCCAGUACUCCCACGGUGAACUCGGUGAGCCACUCAUCAGAGGACAAGUCUCAGCAGUACUGGGCUAAGGGUACAGGCUUCGGCACAGGCUCCACCACCUCCAGCUGGGAUGCAGAACAGGCUCUAGUCCGACAGAAGAGCGAGGAGGAGCAUGUUGCAUGCCUCCUACAGGUGUUGGCAAGCUACGUGAAUCCAAGUGGUGAAGUCCCCAAAAGCUUUGAAGAGACCGAUUACUCUGCUCCCUCAGAGAAGAUGCUUCUUCCACCAAAUAUUCCCGAGCUGCUGAGCCAGUCCUGUCUGGUGCCAGCCAUCUCCUCAUAUCUCAGGAAUGACUCUGUUCUCGACAUGGCACGUCAUAUCCCCCUGUACCGUUCACUUUUGGAGUUGUUACGUGGCAUUGCUGUGUGUCCAUCAUUGGUGCCACUUCUACUGCCACUGGACAAAGAGAAUAAUACAGACUCAACAGCAGCUGUCGGCAUACUGCUCGACAAAAUGAGAGUUUGUGUGGACACAUACGCAAGUCGACUUAAGUCCAACAAAGGUAAGAAUGGGCAGUCUGGAGAUGAGGAGGAGAAUGAAGGUCUUGCCCUACUCAUACCAAACAUCCAGGAGACUGCACACAUUGUCAAGGUGGCCACCGAGAGACUACAGAAGUCCACAGAGUGUGACAUUAGUAGUAUGGACAGUGAAGAGGCUGUCCUUGAUAAUCUGUCGGACAAGGAAACCCAGGACAGGAAAUAUAUUGAGGCAAUGAAGAUGCUGCAAUUUGAUACCUCAGAACUGGUAAUAGAUGAUGGUAAUGGGAUCAAGUUUACAUCACCACACCACUAUGAAAACAAUGUCAAAGCUGCUGGGGAAAUUAACAACCCAGCCCGCACACGUCGCCUGGCUCAGGAGGCUGUCACUCUGUCUACCUCACUACCCCUCUCAGCCGGUAGCUGUGUGUUUGUCCGCUGUGAUGAGGAACGGCUUGACAUUAUGAAGGUGAUGAUCACCGGUCCUGCCGAUACUCCCUAUGAGAAUGGCUGCUUCGAGUUUGAUGUGUAUUUCCCACAGGAUUACCCAAACUCUCCGCCUUUCAUCAACUUAGAAACAACUGGAAAUCAUACAAUUAGAUUUAAUCCCAAUUUAUACAAUGACGGCAAGGUUUGUUUGAGUGUAUUGAACACAUGGCAUGGUAGACCAGAGGAGAAAUGGAAUUCCAACACAUCUAGCUUUUUACAGGUGCUUGUAUCCAUCCAGUCCUUGAUAUUGGUAUCAGAGCCAUACUUUAAUGAACCAGGUUAUGAACGAUCACGUGGGACAACCUCAGGGACUGCUAGCUCAAGAGAGUAUGACGCCAAUAUCCGACAGGCUACUGUUAAAUGGGCCAUGCUGGAGCAGGUUCGAAACCCAACUCCUUGUUUCAAGGAGGUGAUCCAUCGACACAACUGGCUCAAACGCCAUCAUAUCCUGCGACAGUGUGAGCUCUGGAUAGCCGAGAUGGAAUCUUACUGUAAUGACAAGAGAACAGGACGGACAAUUGCUCACAGUACCCUAGCUUUAAAGCGACACUACAACCAGCUACGUGAAGAGUUUGCCAAGAUGAAACCCCCAGAAGGACUAGAGGAAGAGGAAACAGAUAUUGAUCCCAAGGGGAAACAGUACCAGACAGACAACACUCUCAAUACCUCGGCGUCCACUGGAGACCUGGAAGCUGCUGUAGCGGGACCUUCCACCUCCCAGCCAGAUCCAUGUAACAACAUGUGACAGGAGGUGAUCGUCUAGGCACAACAAUUGACCAAGCUUCAUUCUGUGUGAUAGUCGGGGAACAAGUCUGGUUCUCUAUUGAUGAUGGUACUCAGCAGUGACAUGAUUCUGACUUCAUAUUCAGUACUAUAAAUCAAUGUAACUAGGCAGAAACUGAUGUCAAUAGUUGCUGUGUUUGAUGUAGCAGCAAUGUAUAUACACACAGUAUAUCAAUACCACCAGGGGUGUGACUAAAACAAUACUAAUUGUGUUUUAACAAAAAAUAGUCAUACCCUGUAUACAAAAUACCUGAAAUUAUCACAGCUACUAAGACUGUAAUGAAGAGGAUUUUUUUCUAAGAUGUGAACCAAUAACAAAACUGUACAACAGGAGCAUGGGCAAUAUUUAUUGUCAUGCAGCUUAAAGAUUCUGUCAGAGUGUUGCAGAAUAUUUAUUUUACUUUGACAGACAAUAAUGUUAGCUGUACGACACGGAUGGAAGAUAAAUAUUUUGUUUAAUAUUUUGUGUGCUGAAGUUUUAUGUGGUUGAUGAGUGCGGACAUUUUAUACCGUAUAUACAUGUCACACAAAUAAUAAAUUGUGCGACAAAUUUACUGUUCACAUUAUGUAUUGUAUUGAUAUGAUGGAAUUGACCACAUGGCAGUUAUUAUGACUAAAACAUUCAAUUUGCUGCAAAUACCCAACUGUCUAAUUUCUAAGUACUUGUCUCUCUUUCAAGUGUGUGUCCUUUGUGUUAUCUAUGCUUACAAUACUAGGAUGACGUCCCAAGGACUUGGUGGUAAGGAGGGAUCGGUUUGUCUGUAUGACAGGCAAAGUAAGUGCUGCCCCUCAUGGGCUUCAACCUGUACAAUUUGUGAUAUAGUCAUGCAAUAUUGUGAUAUUCUCAUGAAGUGCGAGUGUGAAAGUCAUGGAAUGUGUUGGCUUAUAAUGAUGAGAGACGUCAUUGUGAUUAUCUAGUUGUUGGAUGUUGUGUCUGUAGUUAAGAAUGAUUUUGUUCCCACCAUUGCUGUGUCCAGACGAAGCCAAAUCGAUGAUUAACCUCUCUGUAAUUAUGAUUAAUAGUCUGAAUCCUCUGCCCUGCUUAUGUAUGUAUUGUUACCUAGUGGAGCCAGGGUCACAUGGAUCCACAGGGUCUUGCUUUUAUAUGGCAUCCUUGCAUGCCCAUGUCUUUAUGAGGUAAUGUUGUGUGUGAUUCAAUGGUUUUACAAUCAUUCAGAUUUCAAGAAAAGUUCUUUUGUCUUUUUAUUCAGUGUUUGCUUUUUCCCCAUUUUCAAUUAAAGAUUGACACUAUUUUUAAUUCAUAACAUUUUGACUUAUUUUACAUCAUAACAAUAUCUCUGACAAUGUGUUUGGUCAACUAUUUUAUAAAAUCUGUAUGAAAAGUUUGCUGAAUGGACCUAGUAAAUGUGUUCUCAACUAAUACAGAGGCAUUUGUAGAUGUAAGAAAAUGUUUAAUUUUGAAUUUGAAGUGUUUGAUUAUAUGAUGUUUUUCAUUUUAUACUGUGACCUGUUUGCAGUGAUGAAGUUGGAAAAGGUUUUAAGAUAUUAAUAAUAAGAUUGGAAUGCAUACUGUAUACUGUAAAGAUUUUGGAAAGUAUAAGCACUCUCUAUUUCUGAUGAAUUUGAGAUGCAAGGGUGUGAGGUAGUAGAAACAUGAGGAACCUUUUAGUACUACUAAUAUGAUAGAAAGGGGAGGGUCCCUGUUGCUGAUGAUUUGGAUUGGAAAGGGAGAUAAUAAUGAUCAAAACGAUGCUACAUCAUGUAUCCUGCUCCCUACUUCUCAGUUUAGUCAGCAAUUACCUACUUUUCAGCACGUUACUGUUUUUGUUACGAGAAUCCCCUGAUCACUCAUGGUGUUUGAUGAUCAUAGAUCUUAAUUAUAGUCAGAGUCGGAUUAUAACAAAUUGUUCCUUAUCAUUUUUGUUUGAUUUUUUUUUUUUUUCCUUGAUGUAAAAACAUUUUUAAGAAUUAUUCCUGUUUAAUUAUUAAGGUAACGUUUCCUUCAUUUCAUCCUUUAUUGUUUGAAAUAAACCUGUCCAUGUGAAGUAUUUUGUGGGCAGCUGAGAAACUUAUUUUGAAUGUAUGAUGAGCUAAUUUAUAGAAUGUGUAUUUACUUUGAUUAUGGCAGUUUGAGGUUUUGAAGUCAAAUUCAAACAUACAAGUUUAAGUAAUGAAAUAGUUGAUGAUAAUUGUGUGUAACGUUUGAUUUUUUUCCCAUUGAUUUGACUUCAAUUCCUCAAAUAUGUCUUUUGUUGUCAUUGUUUUCAUUAAAUUGUUGUCUGUGGCAUGUUGACUAUAGAGAAUAUAAGUAUAAAGUGUAUCGUUGUUGUUUUAUAUAUUGUUGAUCUGGACUGUCCUACUAUUUCACUGUUUACACUGCUGUAAUGGCACCCGUGUGUGGAUGAGUAGAGACAUGUGUGGAUGUGUUGAGAGUGCUAGUCUCUACCGGAAACUAAUAAAUACAGAUGUUGAAAUAUAACAUAUUCUUUUCCAAGGUUAGUUUAAUCUCCAGAUUGUCUUCAUUAAUUAAUAACAAAUCAUUGCAAUGUUCUUGCUGAAUAUUGAGUGGUAGGUCAAGGAUUAAACAUGACAAAAAUAACAAGUUUUUACACACAA